AUGGACAUAUCAACGGCCAUGAUGAUGCUUGCCUUCGUAUCAGCUUACCUGAUAUGGUUCCGCUCCAUGGCUCGAUCCCUGCGUGGGCCCAACGGGCCCCGGCUGUGGCCCAUUCUCGGCAGCCUCCCGGGCCUUAUCCGAAACGGCGGGCGCAUGCACGAGUGGAUUGCCGACAACCUCCGAGCCUCCGGCGGCACCUACCAAACCUGCAUCUUGGCAAUCCCUUUCCUGGCCCGAAAGCAGGGACUCGUGACUGUCACGUGUGACCCGAAAAACCUCGAGCACAUCCUCAAGACCCGGUUCGAAAACUACCCCAAGGGCCCCACCUGGCAGGCCGUUUUUCACGACCUGCUCGGACAAGGGAUCUUCAACUCCGAUGGUGACACGUGGCUAUUCCAGCGCAAAACGGCCGCCCUUGAGUUCACCACGCGUACACUCCGCCAGGCAAUGGCCCGGUGGGUGACCCGGUCUAUACAGGACCGUCUUUGCCCGAUUCUCCGGGAGGCCCAGAUUCAGGCCCGGCCCGUUGACCUCCAGGACCUUCUUCUCCGGCUUACCUUCGACAACAUAUGUGGCCUGGCCUUCGGCAAGGACCCACAGACGCUGUCCCCGGGCCUGCCGGAAAAUGCUUUUGCCGCUGCAUUUGACCGGGCCACGGAGGCUUCCCUCCACCGGUUCAUCUUGCCGGAGUUUAUUUGGAGGAUGAAGAAGUGGCUGCGGCUGGGGAUGGAGCUGACCUUGAGCCGGAGCCUGAGGCACGUGGAUGAGUACCUGACGGAUGUAAUCGCGGCACGGAAGCUGGAGCUGGUGGGUGGCGGCGCUGCCCAGCAUGACGAUUUGUUGUCGCGGUUUAUGAAGAAGAAGGAGUCCUUCUCGGACAAAUUUCUCCAGGAGGUGGCGCUGAAUUUCAUCCUGGCUGGCCGGGACACGUCUUCGGUGGCCCUCAGCUGGUUUUUCUGGCUAAUGACGCAAAAUCCCCAAAUUGAGGAGAAAACCCUAAUUGAGAUCUGUUCUGUUCUGAGAGAGACCAGGGGAGGCGACGUGGCGAAUUGGGUGAAGGAGCCGCUCGAGUUCGAGGAGCUGGACCGGCUGGUAUACCUGAAGGCGGCGCUGUCGGAGACGCUCCGGCUGUAUCCGUCGGUACCGGAGGACUCGAAGCACGUGGUGGCGGACGACGUGCUGCCGGACGGGACGUUUGUGCCGGGGGGAUCGAACGUGACCUACUCGAUCUACUCGGCGGGGAGGAUGGAGCGGGUUUGGGGGGCCGAUUGCCUGGAAUUCCGGCCGGAGAGGUGGCUGUCCGACGACGGGGGGCGGUUCGAGGCGAAGGACCAGUUCCGGUUCGUGGCGUUCAACGCGGGGCCGAGGGUGUGCCUGGGGAGGGACCUGGCGUACCUGCAGAUGAAGUCGGUGGCGGCGGCGGUUCUGCUACGGCACAGGCUGGCGGUGGCGGAGGGGCACCCGGUGGAGCAGAAGAUGUCGCUGACGCUGUUCAUGAAGGACGGGCUGAGGGUGGAGGUGCUGCCAAGGGAUUUGGGCCCGAUCGUGGAGAAGAUCGGCGCAUCUUCGAUUAGACCUCCAUUGUCGAGGCCGACGCUGACGAUACACCGAGAUGUUCUGGUUCUACUCGAUGACGUUUAUCUUGAGAAGGUCCAAGAAGUCUUUCACUCAAUUGAUGAUAUCCAAAGGAGCGCCUACGAGGAGUACGAGUAG